UUCAUCUCUCGACAUAGCACUCCGCGCAUCGAUUCUCAGACGAUGCUACAAGGGCUUUUUAUAAGAAUUCCUAAGAAGUGAUAGCUAAGGUCAUUGGAUUUCGAAAACUGUCAUACAUCUUCCCCAAAAGUGAGGCCACCAAAAGUCCGCAACAUUCACGAUGGCGAUUACAUUACCACAAUUCGGCGCAACCCGGCUAAGAUCAUACAUCCUUCGUUUACCUCUGUUCACAAGAUGCAUAGUAGCGAUCAUAUUCAUACUAUGGCUUGUAAGUUUGCAGUCAGCUUGGGAUUUACAGAAAUGGGGUGGCUUGUACCCAAAUGAGGUUGGGUUGCAGUCAAGUAAAUCUACCAUCUCAUACAACACUCGACCUAUUGUUACGGAUCAUGAAGCUAAUUUGACGUUAUUAUAGUGUACCGCACAAAUACUUUCCCAUUGAUACAUAUGGGUUUCAUACACAUGAUAAUGAAUACCAUUGCUCUAACUCCAUUGUUGGAGAGAUUUGAGGCAGAAUAUGGGACGUUGACCACAUUGGCAUUAUUUAUGGGCCGUAGGUUUCUCUUGAAGAGGAUGGUAUUAGAAAGGUAAAGCUAAUGGUUAUGUAGCUUUGUCGACGAUUCCUGCAUUAAUAUACACAUUCGUGGAAAGGGGGAUCUUCCAUAUGAACACAGGAGUGAUGGGUGCCAGGUAAGGAAACAUACAUCAAAUUCUACUAAGAAAUUUCCUGCUAACAAAGACUUCAGUAUUUGGGUUUUCACUUUACUUGCAAUGGAAGCGAUCAAGACAUAUAAAACAAACCCAAACUUCGUUUUGGGUACAGUCCAAAUUCCAACGUGGACAACACCAAUUAUUCUUACACUAUUUAUCUCCUUCUUGGUACCACAUACCAGCUUCCUUGGUCACCUUUGCGGACUUGUUUUUGGUUAUGGAUGUUAGUACCCCUCUUAUGCCAUGGUUCGGACCGCUAACUAACUUUCAUAGGGGGCCUUGGUUAUCUCAAAUUCUUAGCUCCACCAGAGAAGAUUUUAAGAUGGAUUGAAGGAAAAAUGAAUCUUUUGGGUAGAUUACCACACUACGUUUCUGUUGACCAAAAAACUGUUGGAAGAUAUGGUCUAUUACCUACCACCAACAAUCCAAUCAUCUCAUCGGACACAAACAUUGCUCUAGGAUUUCCCGGCCAAGCACAACGAUUGGGACCUUAAAAUAUUGAAGCAGUGAUUUCCCUUCUCUAUGUACAAAGACUACGCAUAAUUACGGAGUUCGGAUGUUCUGGGAGCGGUCAUGCUUUGAUGUUAAAAUGGUGGAAAUGGAAUAUGAUAUACGGCUUUGGUUUCUACUUUGGCUUCAGGUAGAUAGACUGCUGAUAGCUUCAGGCAUACGGUCAAUUUAUGAUUGUAUGCUUUUUAAUGACAACUAUGUAACUAGACGAAACCAUUUGGAGCUCGUCAGGCUGUGUUUAAAG